AUGCUUACGGAGCAAGGUUUUGAUAAUCGUCUAUUACGAGAAAAUUGGAAUGAUGUCAUAUUAACGAUUUAUAAAAUAAAUUUAUUAUGGGAAUUUGUUUCAAAUAAAUGCAAAACUUAA